AUGGCUCGAGAGCAGGAGAACCUCACUGCCGGUCGUGGCGAAGAGGUGAUGACCGAGGGAGAGGGUGAGCGCAGCUCCAUCGAGGCCAAGGAUGAUGCGGCGCUUUUGCAAACAAUGGGAUAUAAGCCCGUCUUGCACCGGACUUAUACUCUGUUUGAGAAUUUCGCAACCACAUUCGCGGCGCUGUACUUUGUCGGCGGUGUCCGCGUCACGUUCAGCACCGGUAUUGCCGCCGGUGGGAAUCUCGCUUACUGGACGAGUUACCUGGUGACCAUGGUCUUCACCUUCAUCACUGCUGCUGUCAUUGCGGAGGUGUGCUCUGCGUCUCCGUCGGCCGGCUCCAUCUAUCUGUGGGCGGCCGAGGCUGGCGGUCCUCGAUUCGGGCGGUUGCUGGGAUUUGUCGUGGCGUGGUGGAGCACUACAGCCUGGACGACUUUCUGUGCCAGUAACACACAGGCAGCAGUCAACUAUAUGCUCGCGGAAAUUACCGUCUUCAACCUGGACUUCCCGUCCGACCCCUCGGAUGUCAAGUUCCGUGCCGUGCAAUGGAUUUGCACCGAAGUUCUUCUGGCCUUGGCGGCUCUUCUGAACUUUUUGCCUCCCCGCUACUUUAAAUAUGUCUUCUGGAUAUCUGCGGGCUUUGUCAUGUUGGACUUUUUCAUGAACCUCAUCUGGCUCCCCAUCGGGACUGUCCAGACAUGGGGAUUCCGGACCCCCCAUGAAGCUUUCAUGACGACUUACAAUGGGACGGGUGCCCCCGACGGAUGGAACUGGUGUCUGUCUUACCUGGCCACUGCCGGUAUCCUGAUUGGAUUCGAUGCCUCGGGCCACGUGGCCGAGGAGACCAAGAAUGCCGCCGUCACUGCUGCCCGGGGUAUUUUCUGGAGUACCGUGGCGAGUGGGUUUGGGGGUCUGGCAACGAUCAUUCUGUUCCUGUUCUGUGCUCCGACUCCAGACCAGUUGUUUGCGUUUGGCUCACCACAGCCAUUUGUCCCUCUCUAUGCCGUCGUUCUCGGCCAAGGUGGGCAUGUUGUGAUGAACGUGGUCUGCAUUGUUGCCUUGUGGCUGAACACCGCCAUUGCCAUCAUCGCUGCUUCCCGGCUCGUCUUUGCUGUCGCUCGAGACGGCGUCUUGCCCUUCUCCGGCUGGGUCGCCAAGGUCAACAACGGUCAGCCUCGCAACGCCGUGAUUGUCGUCUGGGCCGUUGCUGCCCUGGUGACAUGUACCUUGCUCCCCUCGAGCGUGGCAUUCACCUCGCUUGUCUCCGCCGCGGGUGUACCUAGUGCGGCCGCCUACGGACUGAUCUGUCUGGGUCGACUGUUCUGCACGCCGAAGCGCUUCCCGAAGCCGCAGUGGAGUCUUGGACGCUGGAGCAAGCCCUUUCAAUUCAUCGGCGUCUUUUGGAAUGGAUGGGUCGUUGCGGUGUUGUUCUCUCCAUAUAUUUGGCCUGUGAAUGGGCAGAAUUUGAACUAUGCUCCGAUCAUCAUGGCCGGCGUCACCGUCUUGGCGCUCAUCUCAUACUUCGUGAUGCCCGAGAGCGCCUGGCUCCCAGCCGACCGUAUCACCCACUUUAUCGACAGCAAGGGUGUCAGCAACGUAUCCGAGACGGUAGAGGAAGUCGCUCCGUCGGCAGAGCGUUCUUGA